AUGGGACGAUGCAAGAAUAUUGGCAGGAACGUUUCCAAAUACCGUUUGAAAAUGAGUCGAAAGCAAACGAAUAAAAUCUACAAACGAAAAAAGGCAACUGAAGAAGUUGAAGCUGCCACGCAAAUCGACAGUGGUGCCGAUAACGUUGAAAAGAUUGUUGCCGAAGUGACGAAUAUCGAGAAGGUUUCUUGUUGUGAUUAA